UCAGACGCGCUCACUCGCAUCCAACGGCUUAUUGAACGCAAUUCAGGUGUUGUCGGCUACAGUUUCGUGUGUGCAUCGACAAGUUUCCUCCAUAUUUGUCGACGUGAAGGUUUUACAUCCCGCCGUCAGAAAAACAGGAUGUUUCCAAGAGAUAUUCCCUGCCAGCACGGUCAGUUUAUAGGACAAUGAAGUACGAUGUCCACCCGAUGGCUGUAUCUGUGGGUGACUGGUUUCACUUCCGGCGUCCUGGGCGUGGUGUGUGUCUACUUGACCACUCGGGUAGCACAUCACAUCGACAAGCAAAGGACAGGAAGAAGCCCAAGGACUUGCUUGUGCAUGCUCACCCUACUGAACGUGUAGCGGUGCACAGAAAAACAGAUGUCAACAUCCUCUGCUGGAUCGUUGUCCAUCCAAGAAACUUCGCAAACAGGAGUAUGUCCGUCAAACGGACUUGGACAAGAAGGUGUGACACCAUCCUCUUCUUCAGUUCGGAGACAGAUCCAUAUUUCCCCACAAUAGGACUGAACAUUCCUGAAGGAAGAGACAACUUACCUGCUAAAUCGUAUGCGGCAUUAAUGUACAUAUACAAACACCAUUACGACCAAGCUGAUUGGUUCCUCAAAGCUGACGACGAUACCUACGUCAUCAUGGAAAAUCUACGUCACUUCCUCCUGAACAAAAACACGACGGAACCGUAUUAUUACGGCCAGGUGUUCCGGAAUUCUUACAACAGCGGCGGAGCAGGGUACGUCCUUGGAAGAGAAGCACUUCGUCGGUUUGGCGAACAGGCUCCAAACACGGGCAUGUGUACGCAUGGCCUGUCUGAAGACGUUGUGAUUGGUCAGUGUUUGUCCUUCUUGGGGGUGAUGCUCUGGACAGGUACAGAGGACACUUUAGGAAGACCACUGUUCAACUGGAAUAAUGCAUAUGGGUCUCUGAACGGCGACGUUCCUGACUGGGCAAGGAACUCCACUCCCACCAUGACGGGUCCGCAUAGCGUCAGUAAUAUUGCAGUUUCCUUCCAUUACGUGAAACAUCCAGAUAUACAAUACUUUGAAUUUUUCCUCUACAAUUUGAGUGUGCAUGGCUUCCACAGGCCUGUUUGGCCUAUAUGAUCAUGAACACUUAUAGACUGCCUGAUUUAUCAUCUGAAGGAAGUGGAAUUAAUUACCAGUGCGAUCGUCGAUAGGCAUACGAAUGCUACCUACACCACGUAUGAUUGAUGGCACUCAACGGCCGUAUGAUGAUUCAUCACCUACAUAAUAUAUGGGUCUAUUUAUCAUACAAUAGGUUAUGAAACUGUGAUGAUAUAUGAUCGAUCAAACACAUGAAUGUUUGACCACUGCUGGCUUUAUUACUGAUCACUGCAGGCUUUAUUAAUGAUGACUAAAUUGUUUAAUUGAUGAUGAUUAAAUGCUUUAUCAAUGAUCACUGCAAGCUUUAUUACUGAUAAAGUAAGGUUCUAUGGAUGAUCAUUUACAGGCUCUAUGUUUGAUCACAUGUGUGCUGUUUCAGUGAUCGCCUGCAGGCUUUAUGGAUGGUCAUUUACAGGCUCUAUGUUUGAUCACAUGUGUCCUGUUUCAGUGAUCGCCAACAGGCUCUAUGGAUGAUCAUUUACAGGCAGUAUGAUUGAUCACAUGCGUCCUGCCUAAAUGAUCGCCUGCAGGCUUUAUGGGUGGUCAUUUACAGGCUCUAUGUUUGAUCACAUGUGUCCUGUCUAAAUGAUCGCCUGCAGGCUCUAUAGAUGAUCAUUUACAGGCUUUAUGAUUGAUACGUGAUGUCACAAUCAAAGCAGGAAGGGAAAGAUCCACCAAACAAAAAUGAAAUCAAAAUAGUAUGCAAUGCUUUAUUUCUCUAUAAACAGUACCAAAUAAAGUGCAUGUGGCUGAGGAUAAGUAGAGUGGUGUUGACUAUUGAAUACAAACCUAAUGUGUGCUUUCUACCUGCAAUUAAACCUCCAGCUCCAUUAUGGUGCUUGAAAUACAUGUUCUUUUGAAAAUGUUAUUUGUGAUUUACACUUUAAUUUACACAUUGUCGGGAUAAAAAUUGGAUUUUACGAAAGCUUCUAACACCCGAGUGCCGCUUUUGCGAGAAAAGAAAUUUUUAUACUUGUACAUUGCUUUAUAAUCCGGACUGAGCAGGAAGUCCGCCUGGCCAAUAAACCUUGAAGAAACAAUCCGUUGAUAGGUU